GAACCGAGAGAGAGUCCAAUGGCGCUGGAAGAAAAUCUCGUACCAUAUUUAUCUUGCCAUCUCCAGCAGUUGCCAGAAUACACAGCUGUACAAUAACGUAGGACGAAAGAGAAUAAUAUCAGUGCUCCACGUGUGGUUAUCUCCGAUUUACACAUUUGUUUGCAAAAAUAAAGAAAAGAAAGAGUUACGAAGAAAAAAUUCGAGAUAAUGCAAGGUGUCAGCAUGGUCGAGCGACUUGGUUUGGGACCCGAAGUCCGUGAGCUCAAGCUGGGGCCUAGUUUCACGAGCAACAGUUCCAAAUUUCACACCCUAAAAUACGAUUUCAAACCCGCGAGUGUCGACGAUUCCAAGGUAGCCCGAGUUGAUGUAGGUUCAGACAAUACAAUAACAGUCACUGUGCCACAUUUAGAUGGAGCUGGCACCCCUCACACUGUGUUUAAAGGUUCUCAGAGACCUUAUAAUAAGGAGUAUGUACUAAUCUUUGAUAAGGCUACUGGAGAAAUUACAUUGGAAAAAUUAACUGCGAAUAUUCAAGUUAAGAAGACACGAGCGGAACCCAAACGUAAUAGCAAUAACAAUUCCAUGCCCGUCGAAGUCAAAAAGAGUCCCACAUAUGGCAGAGCGAACGGGAGGACCAAAGUUAUUAGUGGGAAGAAGAGAGAACCUUCGCUGCAAUUACAUCCCAAACAGAGUCCGCCACGGACAUCGCCGUACGAUAAACCAAGUCCACCUAAUACAUCUGUCAAUAACUCUUCACCUAUGCAAUCGUCGAGUGGACAACCGACCUUAGCCAGUCUGCCAAUGAUCGGAUCCGACAAUGAUGAUUUUGCAUUGUUAGCAUCAGUGAUGCCUGGUUCUUCUUCUACACAGACCGUAAUUCCUCAGUCAAUUCCAAUAUCAACUGCAAAAUCGACAACCUUAGAGAGCGAUUCCAGUUCGAGCAGUUCGAGUUCUGAUAGCUCAAGUAGCGAUUACGAAACAGAAAAUGUAAUCUCAGUGUCAACAGGGAUUAAUGGUAAUUUGAAUGGUACAACUGCCUCACCUACAUUGUUCGUGACGGACGAUAUCUUAAAUGAUGAUCUGCAAUUAUCUGAAUCAGAAUCGGAUAGUGAUUAACAGUGAUACGUUAGUAGACUUAAAAAAAAAGUGUUC